AUGCUCACCCCAAAUACCCUUAGCCCCUUUCAUCCUAUCGCUACGCCGUCCAACAACCGUGAGCUAGCAACAGAUAGGACAGAAGUACAAUGGGCAACUGCACCAACUAUGAGGCUCACCUACAACGCGUCCAUUGUCAUUUUGGCUUCAGAGGACACGAAUGACACCGUUUCCACCUUAGACGUGUGCUUGCGCGCUGUCAUUACAGCAGCAGAACGAAUGGUGACUCUAGUGCGAGAGCCUCAAAGUAUAGCUGUGGUUAUUGCGUACGAUGAGUGUCUCGAUAUUAUCACUGCAGCGGUGAAUCAAAUUGAGGAGACGGUACCACAAGGAGCUGCAAAUGAACACGUUCUUCAAGUGUAUCAAGCUAUGCGCAGUAUUUACGAGUUGCUACGACCAAGUCCCUCUGUCCGUCGAGCUUUGCACUUCUAA